GAGCCGAAGGCGACAACAUCCGCCUCUCCGGAAACCACCGAGAAAACCCAGAAGAAGCAAGGAAGAGCUUCACCUGCUAUCCGUGACGGCGGGACAGGCAGGUAAAAUCGGGACUGUCCCGCCUAAUGCGGGACACUUGGGAGAGUUUUAGCAUGGCAGGAGAACAGAAACCACCCAGUAACGCUCUGGAGCAGUUUAUUUUACUAGCCAAGGGCACAAAAGGUUCAGCUCUUCCAGCUCUUGUAAAUCAAGUAUUGGAGGCUCCCGGAGUUUAUGUAUUUGGAGAACUUUUAGAUUUACCUAAUGUGCUAGAGCUUGGUGAUGGACCCCAUUCUGGUUACUUGAAGCUUCUGAAUUUAUUUGCUUAUGGAACGUAUCCUGAUUAUAUUGCCUCAAAGGACAGCUUGCCAGAGCUCUCAGCUGUUCAGAAGAACAAGUUAAAACAUCUGACCAUUGUGAGCCUUGCUGCCCGGAUGAAGUGCAUUCCUUACUCCGUUCUCCUGAAAGAUCUGGAAAUGAGGAACCUCAGGGAGCUGGAGGAUCUUAUUAUAGAAGCUAUUUAUACAGACAUUAUUCAGGGCAAACUGGACCAGCGCAACCAUGUGCUGGAGGUGGAUUUCUGCAUCGGGCGGGAUAUUCCCAAAAAGGACAUCAGUAGCAUUGUGAAAACACUUCAAGAGUGGUGUGAUGGCUGUGAAGCUGUCUUAGUAGGAAUUGAACAACAAGUCCUAAGGGCAAAUCAGUACAAGGAGAAUCACAAUCGUACACAACAACAGAUAGAAACAGAGGUGACAAAUAUAAAGAAGACUCUGAAAGCUACAGCUUCCUCAUCAGCACAGGAUACUGACCAGCAUUUGGCAGAGCAUGAGGGACCUCCGCUUACUGAGCAACGACAGCCCACCAAAAAGAUGUCGAAGGUUAAAGGUCUGGUUUCCAGUCGCCACUAAUGAAGAUGGGUUCAUGGAGGAGGCUCCGGGGGCCUGCAUACUCUCCCGGGUUGUUUACAGACUAAACCACGAUUCCUCCCCUCCAUACCUUUCUGAGAAUAAUAAUGCCAUGGGCAAGAAGGAACCCAUUGCAUUAACAAUGCUGUGACACUGUUUGGUUGGCGAAUCUUUAUCCGAGCAGGACAAUUUACCUAGCAGUUUGCAUAUCCCCUCCCUGCUGGAGAGACUUUCUGUGAGAGAUGCUGCACUGCACAUCAGGCUCCUCUGCCAGUUUAUAGAAAAGGCUUCUUUUUUCCGAAUGGCUAAAAUCCAGGUGACUUUGGUCGUCUCAUCUUUCUGGAGAUUUACAAUGUGCAAUGGGGUAGAUUUGAAGAUAAUGCUCUCCUGUUUCAUAUAUACACCCCCAGAAUAUUUUAUUUUGCUCUUUUCUCCAGGUUGAAAACUUGUCACUAGCCUUGCCAUGACAAUAAAAUAAUAGGAGAAAAUAAUAAUUUAAGGUCCCUAUUUUAAGGUAUUGCAGUAAACCCGCAAGAAGUUAAUAUGGUGACAUUAUUUUGUAAAGAGAAGUGGGUGAUGGCUAAAAAAGAAAGUUGGGGGAACUUCAGUUUGUAACUGCACCACUUGGUUCUCAGGUUAAAAAAGGCUUACAGUCAAUGUAGAAUAUUCUGAUUAUCUUGUAGUCUUUGGUAAUUUGGGGUUUAGUGAUUGUAACAUAGCAACUGCAGCUGGCGUGGCCCAUGCUCAUGCCACUUACAAAAUUCAAGAAGCAGACACUUUUUAGAGCAGGAAGGAAGUGGUGCUAGGGGCAAACCUCUAGCUAUUAUAAAAGCCCUUUACACUUGCCUGGAAAAAAGCUUGGGGACUUUACAUGCAGGUCUGACCCUUAUGGAGCCAAACACUGCAUUGACCCAGUUAUGUCCUCUGUUGGGGAAGUGUGCAGCCUGUCAAAGAUAUUGUUACUGUUGCUGUGCUUAUAAAUCUCCAAACAAUUAAAAAAAAAAAUACACUUUU